AGGCGGAGUCUGGGGCGGGGCGCGCAGUCAUCUGACUCGGUGACUCACUCGCCGCCGCUCUUCCUCCGACCCGGGCCGGGCGGGAAGUCGGGUCCCGAGGCUCCGGCUCGGCAGACCGGGCGCUGCUGUUGGCGACACUGCUGGCGGCGAUGUUGGCGCUGCUGACUCAGGUGGCUCUGGUGGUGCAGGUGGCGGAGGCGGCUCGGGCCCCGGGCGUCUGGGCCAAGCCGAGGCCGGCGCUGUGGCCCCAGCCGCUCUCGGUGAAGAUGACCCCGAACCUGCUGCAUCUCUCCCCGGAGAACUUCUACAUCAGCCACAGCCCCAAUUCCACGGCGGGCCCCUCCUGCACCCUGCUGGAGGAAGCGUUUCGGAGAUAUCAUGGCUAUAUUUUUGGUUUCUACAAGUGGCAUCAUGAACCUGCUGAAUUCCAGGCUAGAACCCAGCUUCAGCAACUUCUUGUCUCAAUCACCCUUCAGUCAGAGUGUGAUGCUUUCCCCAACAUAUCUUCAGAUGAGUCUUAUACUUUACUUGUGAAAGAACCAGUGGCUGUCCUUAAGGCCAACAGAGUUUGGGGAGCAUUACGAGGUUUAGAGACCUUUAGCCAGUUAGUUUAUCAAGAUUCUUAUGGAACUUUCACCAUCAAUGAAUCCACCAUUAUUGAUUCUCCAAGGUUUCCUCACAGAGGAAUUUUGAUUGAUACAUCCAGACAUUAUCUGCCAGUUAAGAUUAUUCUUAAAACUCUGGAUGCCAUGGCUUUUAAUAAGUUUAAUGUUCUUCACUGGCACAUAGUUGAUGACCAGUCUUUCCCGUAUCAGAGCAUCGCUUUUCCUGAGUUAAGCAAUAAAGGAAGCUAUUCUUUGUCUCAUGUUUAUACACCAAAUGAUGUCCGUAUGGUGAUUGAAUAUGCCAGAUUACGAGGAAUUCGAGUCCUGCCAGAAUUUGAUACCCCUGGGCAUACACUAUCUUGGGGAAAAGGUCAGAAAGACCUCCUGACUCCGUGUUACAGUAGACAAAACAAGUUGGACUCUUUUGGACCUAUAAACCCUACUCUGAAUACAACAUACAGCUUCCUUACUAGAUUUUUCAAAGAAAUUAGUGAGGUGUUUCCAGAUCAAUUCAUUCAUUUGGGAGGAGAUGAAGUGGAAUUUAAAUGUUGGGAAUCAAAUCCAAAAAUUCAAGAUUUCAUGAGGCAAAAAGGCUUUGGCACAGAUUUUAAAAAACUAGAAUCUUUCUACAUUCAAAAAGUUUUGGAUAUUAUUGCAACCAUAAACAAGGGAUCCAUUGUCUGGCAGGAGGUUUUCGAUGAUAAAGCAAAGCUUGCGCCGGGCACAAUAGUUGAAGUAUGGAAAGACAGCGCGUAUCCUGAGGAACUCAGUAGAGUCACGGCGUCUGGCUUCCCUGUAAUCCUUUCUGCUCCUUGGUACUUAGAUUUGAUUAGUUAUGGACAAGAUUGGAGGAAAUACUAUAAAGUGGAACCUCUUGAUUUUGGUGGUACUCAGGAACAGAAACAACUUUUCAUUGGUGGAGAAGCUUGUCUAUGGGGAGAAUAUGUGGAUGCAACUAACCUCACUCCAAGAUUAUGGCCUCGGGCAAGUGCUGUUGGUGAGAGACUCUGGAGUUCCAAAGAUGUCAGAGAUAUGGAUGACGCCUAUGAGAGACUGACAAGGCACCGGUGCAGGAUGGUCGAACGUGGAAUAGCUGCACAACCUCUUUAUGCUGGAUAUUGUAACCAUGAGAACAUGUAAAAAAUGGAGGGGAAAAAGGCCACAGCAAUCUGUACUACAAUCAACUUUAUUUUGAAAUCAUGUAAAAUAAGAUAUUAGACUGUUUUUUAAAUAAAAUUUUUUAUUGAUUGAA